CCGGUGCUUCCGGCGCGCAGGCAGUGGCGGCCGGGCAGGAGGAGCCCGGGGUGCUGCUCCCUGCCCCCCCCCCCCCCCCCCCCCCCGGUGCCGCCCGGCCGCGGUCCGCGGCGCCCGGAGACAUUGCUCAGAUGAAAUCAAAAGAACGAUAAAGUUUGGAGGAGAAAAAGAAGCUGCAAUUGCUUUCCUGGUCUGCAGUUUGACAGGGCAUUAAGAUGUCUGUGGACAUGAACAGCCAGGGCUCUGACAGCAAUGAAGAGGAUUAUGACCCUAAUUGCGACGAAGAAGAGGAAGAGGAUGAGGAUCCUGGGGAUAUUGAGGAUUAUUAUGAUGGGGUAGCUAACGACGUGGAGCAGCAGGGAGCAGAUGCCUUUGAUCCAGAGGAAUAUCAGUUCACCUGCCUGACUUACAAGGAGUCGGAGAGCACUCUGAAUGAACACAUGGCCAGCUUGGCUGCCACAUUAAAGGUAUCACAUGCUGUUGCAAAGCUAGUAUUAGUUAGUUUCCACUGGCAAAUCUCAGAGAUUUUGGAAAGGCACAAGUCUAAUGCUGCCCAAUUACUAGUAGAAGCACGAGUUCAGCCCACCUCAUCCAAACAUGCAAUGGUACAUUCCUCCCAUCAUUGCGCAGUGUGCAUGCAGUUUGUCCGGAAGGAGAACUUGCUCUCUCUGGCUUGCCAGCACCAGUUCUGUCGCAGCUGUUGGGAGCAGCAUUGUACAGUGCUCGUCAAGGAUGGUGUCGGAGUUGGGGUCUCCUGCAUGGCUCAGGACUGUCUACUUCGGACACCAGAAGACUUUGUGUUUCCAUUGCUGCCUAGUGAAGAGCUGAAAGACAAAUACAGGCGCUACCUCUUCAGGGACUAUGUGGAGAGUCAUUAUCAGCUGCAGCUGUGUCCUGGUGCAGAUUGCCCUAUGGUCAUACAGGUACAAGAGCCAAAAGCCCGACGAGUGCAGUGCAAUCGUUGCAAUGAGGUCUUCUGCUUUAAGUGUCGGCAGAUGUACCACGCACCCACAGACUGUGCUACCAUUCGGAAAUGGCUCACCAAGUGUGCAGAUGACUCCGAAACAGCCAACUACAUCAGUGCUCACACUAAAGAUUGUCCCAAGUGCAAUAUCUGUAUUGAAAAGAAUGGAGGCUGCAAUCACAUGCAAUGCUCCAAAUGCAAGCAUGACUUCUGCUGGAUGUGUCUGGGAGACUGGAAGACUCACGGCAGCGAGUACUACGAAUGCAGUCGGUACAAAGAGAAUCCUGAUAUUGUAAACCAGAGUCAGCAAGCACAGGCCAGGGAGGCCCUUAAGAAGUACUUGUUCUAUUUUGAGAGGUGGGAGAAUCACAAUAAGAGCCUACAACUGGAGGCACAGACAUACCAACGAAUCCAGGAGAAAAUUCAAGAAAGAGUAAUGAACAACUUGGGAACAUGGAUAGACUGGCAAUACCUACAAAAUGCUGCAAAACUGCUUGCAAAGUGUCGUUACACCCUGCAGUACACAUAUCCAUAUGCCUACUACAUGGAGUCUGGUCCCAGAAAGAAACUGUUUGAGUACCAGCAGGCCCAGCUGGAAGCUGAAAUUGAAAAUCUUUCAUGGAAGGUGGAGCGAGCAGACAGUUAUGACAGAGGGGACUUAGAGAAUCAGAUGCACAUAGCAGAGCAGAGACGGAGGACCCUGCUGAAAGACUUCCAUGACACAUAAGACAGGAGGAAGUGACAAAGUGCAGGGGUGAGAGCAGCGAGUGAAGUGAUGGCAGCUUCACCGGGAUAAGCAGGCACUGCCUCUGGGAGAACACGGCCAAGGACAAAGCCACCCCUCCCCUUGCAAGUCAGACACAUGCAAACACCACAUCUUAGUCCAGUUUGUUCUCUUAUCUUUCUGUUUCUGUUUCUGCCAGGCUAGCGGCCAGAGUUCAGAUUGGCAUAUUUCCUGGGACAUUUCCCUCCUGCCCUUGAUGGUUUCAGAAGGGGAGGGAGUUUUUCUCUGAAUGGCUGUUAAUAGUGUUAGAUCAUGACAAUUUAUGUAAUUUUCAACGGUUGUACAAUUAUACAGACAAACCUUAGAAUAACACACAACCCUUUUUAAAAAUAAAUUGGCAGUGGAGUGUUUUUCCUUAAUCUGCUUGUAAAUCUAAUGGGCUUUUCCCCCUCUCCAUUCCUCUGACCCAAAAAUCCUCCUAGGCACUGAAGGAGGUUACAAAAUAUCUCAGAUAGAUUUCGCAGUGCUCCUUUAACAGGGGCAUUGUAGCAUUGGCAUUGCACGAGGAGAGUGGCUGGUGUUAAAGAGUGGCUGCUGCUGUGUCUGACCCGACAGUACCAGCAGUGGCUGUGAUUUAGUAUGAUUACAUGUGACAUCUCUUUUCUUGUAAAUCAGCUGUGCAAAAUCCUGCUACACAAACAAAAGCAAACAGAGGAAUUGUAGGGGAGAGAUCAGGUUAACACUGGGGGAUAUGCCUUCAGUCAGGUCAGAUUCUGCAUUUGAUGAAUUUUAGGUCUUCCAUGUAGAUUUUUGCUUCACUUGUUUUUGUGGGGAGGUUGUUGUAUUGCCAAAGUGAGUGAUGAGGGAAUAGUAGCAUACAGUUGUUAAUCAAGGCUUGGGGCUUUUGCAGAGUGAAACAAUCCAUGUUAUAACAGUGCCAUGCAGCCUGGUAAAGAUUAUUUGUGCCUGCUGGGUAACAUGGCUGACAAAAUUUGAUCCUAUUCAUCAAGGUGAGACUAAACAUCGCUACAUUAUGAGGAGGAAAGAUUAUGUACAACACACUCCCUGGCACAUGUUGGCAAUGUGGACAGGCAUUUGAAUUACAGGUGCACUGCUUGUGCAGAGCCUGCACCAAGCCAGGCAGAAAAUUAAUUAGCAAAAUUAAUUUAUUUGUAUAUUAGUAUUGAUACUGGUGGGGACUUAUGAGAAAAUUGAUUGUUAGGAGCAUGUGGAGCUUUUUUUAUUAACGUUCUUUUUUCUAAUGUAAAGUAUACACUAAAAUAAAAAUAUGAAAACCUAGUUCAUUUUAGUAGGGGUUAACAUGAAAAAGGUUACUUAAAUGCUGAUGCUUGCCUGUUUGCUACAGGAAGCAGGCCACAUGUUAAGAUUUCACAGGCUUGUAUGUCACCUGCACCGGGAACAUGUUGUUUGCAGCCAGUAAGGUGGAGCUGGAGUCUGAUCUGAGGAAAUCUUCACCUCUGCAGGGAACUCAUGGGAUUCUCUUCCAUGCUGUAUGUGGAAGUGUUGCCUUUGAUGCACCACUGUAUUGCUCUUAUACAAUGUCACUUGAUAAAUAUUAUAAACUGGAAGGGGGGAAAAUGCUAAAUGCCUGCAUGUCAGAAUAAGCAAACUCUGCUGUUGGAGCCUUUUUCAUGUACCUGAGACAUGUGACCCAGGUAUUUGCAGCAUGUAUAACUGGCAGAUGGAUUUUAACGAGAGAGAUGUAUCAGUUUAAAAGAGGAGUAGCUGUCAUAGGAGCUAAUCCUGUGGCUGUGCUUGUUGUACACAGCAGAAAAUUUCAAACUGAGAGGCCUUUUCCUUCCUCCCUCCCUUCCCUGGUGUGGGAUGUAUCCUCAGGGAACGGGAGAACAUGCUGCCAAAGAGCUGCUGGCAGUGGAGGGGGGGGUUACAACAGAAGCGGCUGAGGGUGGAGCAGGGUUGCAGAGAGGUGGCUGGAGCCAGGCAGUGGGGCAGGGAGGGAGUGUGUGGUUUCUGGGAGCAGUGCUGCUUGCUGCGCAAGAGAUCUCCGUAACCAUGGCUCCUUGUGUUCUUGCUGUAUCCUGUCCUGGCUCCCCUCCAGGCUGGAGCCGUAGAGGUAGAUAUGUCCUUGUUCCAGCCGCUGUCUCCUGACUUCAGUCCCUCCUCUGCUCCCAGCAACAGCCUCUUUGUGCCCUCCUUAUGGUAGAGAUCAGUCUCUUCCUUCUUCUCCCCUUCCCAAAUGAUUGUCAAAGUCUGGGCACACUGGACCCAGGGGGAAGGGGUAGUGUGGGGGAAGGCUUGCUGAGACCCAGCAGUUUGCAGUGCAUAGAACCAAUGUUUAAACUGUUCUUUUAAAAUGUAAUGUGCAAAGUACUAAUUAGGAUAAAAGCUGGUGUUCUUGUUUUUUAAAUGUAACUAUCGUAACACCUAAUCUCUUUGCAGAACAGGUAUGCGGAGUUUCCUAAUCCCAGCGAACCCUCACUUCUGUUACAUCAUUGUCCAGCUUUGAGCUAGAUGAGAAUGGGGUUUUGUGUCUCUCCCUCUCUGCCUCCUUCCCUCCCUCCCUUUCCCAUGCCCCCACAAAAUGCUUUGCUAUGAAUCCUUGUUUGUAGAGAAGCUAGACCAUAUAGCUGUGGCCAAAUUUACUGAACAGCCUGCUGAGAUGCGUGGCUGAGGAACAGUAAUAAAUACUGCAGUGCGCCCCCUAAUUCUUUUCAAAUUUUCUGAAACUAGAGCAUUGUCAGCAGUUCUGUUUAUUUUAAAAGAAAACAAAACACCCUUUCUGAGGGUGGUGAAAGUCCUGGUUUGUAUGCACAGAUCCUGUUUCUACACUUGCUGGGAAAACAACAGGACUUACUUGCUUUUGCAGCCCAGGCAGGGUGAGUUCUGUAUUUGUGUCGUACAGAUACGAAACCUGCAGAGCACAGGGACUGUUGACUCUGUGGAAAGUGGCUGACACUGGUUGAGAGGCAGGUGACAGGAAGGGAAUGAGAGUUCUCGACGCCAACAGACAAGACCAGUUUUUUUCCCCUUUAAUAGGUACAUGGCCCUAUUCGAGUCAGCAAGGUUACAUGAAUGUAGGUGAAUAGAAAGUGGCUCAGGAGCCGUAAAUUCUGAGGUACAAGUUUCCCUUUGGUGCAUUACUGCUGCAGCUGUGGAAUGUUUUUUUUUCUUUUUGCACUCAUUUCUAGUUCCUGCUCCAGCCUGACACCUCUCCAUCCUUGCAUCCACUACUCUUUUAUUUCUGCUUUGCUUGUGUUAGUGCAUUGGCUGCCUCAUCUCUAAUAGUCCUCAGGCUUCCCAGACGGUAACAAAAAAUUUUCUACUGAUCACGUAAACUGCAUGACUGCUGCUCUGCGCGCUGGCACAUCGGCUGUGCCCCCCUGGGGACAGGGGCAGCAGGAGGUUUCUGUACUAUAGUCUUGCACUCUAAAUUUUAGACUUUUUAAGCAGGUGAAAAAAAAAAAUAGAACUUUAUUUUUAAACGAGGCACUUGUUCUGGGAAUUCCUUUCCUCACCCCAGUCUGGUUCAGGUUCUGGGACAGUGUUAGUGGGGGGCUGCGGUGUACCCCCGACACAGGCUGGGGGGAGUCCACGAAGCUGCUGCCACCCCUCGCUUUUCUUCGCAGGCACGGGAGAGGGGCAGGGGCGGCGGAAACCGCCCGGGAGACGGUUGCCAGAGGUGUGCCCUGAGUUUAUUUGAAAUAAAUUGUGACUUUCUAACUUC